GAAAGAACCAGAGAGCGCUAUCGUGGUGCUCUUCUACAUACUUCAGCUGAACUGCCGAAGUAACGAGAGAGAGCGAGAGAGGGGGGAAAGUGAAAGGAAGAGAGAAGAUGAGAUACAAUUUCGAUUUUUCUGAACCGAACAAUGAUGAACGACCAAAAACCCUAACAUCUACAUCUAAAGACCAGGUGGAAUGGCUUCCCCUUCAGAAUCACCCCGUCUUCACAUCCGGCACCGGCGACGAUGGUUCGGGUCAUUCAUCAACUCGUCAAAUGCCGAGGAAUCUCAUGGCUUGGGACGGAGCCUCUUCUCGCCUGUAUUAUUGGAACCCUGAUAAAAAGUUCCUUCAUCGGAUCUCCAUUCGGUUGGGCGAACCCGAUCCUACCUCUGUUCUAGCUGCCUCCCCCUCUAAGAAUCACCCCGUCUUCACAUCCGGCACCGGCGACGAUGGUUCGGGUCAUUCAUCAACUCGUCAAAUGCCGAGGAAUCUCAUGGCUUGGGACGGAGCCUCUUCUCGCCUGUAUUAUUGGAACCCUGAUAAAAAGUUCCUUCAUCGGAUCUCCAUUCGGUUGGGCGAACCCGAUCCUACCUCUGUUCUAGCUGCCUCCCCCUCUAAGGUGUUGCAAGCAGAUACAAACCUUAGCUUUUUGGUCAACAAGAUUUCCAUUAAUAGAAAUGGAUCAGCUUUACUACUAGCUGGCUCUGAGGGUCUUUGUGUCAUGUACCUUUAUGAACGUUCCUCCAUGAAAGAUAAUAUCAUGAUUUGCAGGACUGUAUCAAUUGGCUCUGAUAUCUACUUUACCAGAAAUGAUGUCAUACGCACAUUACAGAUCUCUUGGCAUCCCUACAGUGACACCCACUUGGGAAUACUUUCUUCUGAUUCAGUUUUCAGACUUUUUGAUUUGUCUACAGCUCUCGGACAACCGGAACAGGAAUAUUACUUACAGCCUAUUGAACCUGGUAGAUUGCAGAAUGCUUCAUCAAUAUGCCCUGUUGAUUUUUCUUUUGGGGGUGACCACUUGUGGGACAGAUUUAGUGUGUUUGUUUUAUUCAGUGAUGGUUUAAUUUACAUCCUAUGCCCGGUUGUUCCUUUUGGAAGCUGUGUCAUUACUCGUCGUACCUUGGGAAUUUGGAAGAUUUAUGGUGUACAGGUUAGUGAGACUAAGCUAGUCAAGGAAGGAAGACAAGAUAAGAACCAUAAAUUUGUGUCACUGGGCUGCAAAGGCACUCCUGGGGAAAGGCUUUUGAGAGAGAUACGGGUGAAGCAGAUCCUUUAAUUGAAUAUGCUAGGUGGCGUAAAGAUUCUAUUUCUCAAUGCAUUUACACUGUCUACAAAGGGCCUCUUAGUCUAAAAAAGGCCCUCUUAAUGUUUAGCAAUUUUCACAAGACACUGCUGCGCCUAUGUUUGGGCUUUUGCUACAUCUUAUUAUAAUAUGCCACAUGCAAAGGAUU